CGCACAGCCUUAUAGUUAGUGACAGCUAGCCCCGAUCUGCCCUGCUUUCUUUACUUAAUUCACAAGCAUUACCAGCACUAGACAGCUGAUGCUCCAUUUGUAUCAAAUCACUUUGUUGCAGUUGAUUCUUUAUAAAAUCGAUUUACCACGCCCUUAUGAAGCACAAUUGGUUUGGAUGUGUCUACGGAGCCAAUCAGAAACCCCUGACUGACCCGUCCCGACAACAAACCACCACGCUGUGUGGAGAUCCGGCAUAAGGUCCCAAGGGUUCAUCAUCUGUGCACACGAGACCCCAUAAAACAACCUUUACGGUCUCUGCAGUUGGGUUUUUCACUCAACAGGACCAAGCCAUGAAAGCAUGAGAAUGGAUGACUCACUCAACACCGCGAGAUUCAUUUUGACAAACUGUCUACAAUUUCUGAUAUACAUGAUUCCAUAUAAGGAGUGAAUGCUGAAGAAAGGAGUUUUAACCUGCACUGUGAGGAUUAGGUUAUGAUGACGUUAUGAAAUAACCCCACAAAGCAGCGCAAGUUGCGAGAAUGGCGUAUCACCACUUUAUACCGGCCAGUCCCACUGACCUCACUAUUAGUUCGAUGCUUGGACAGCAGUCCCAGUUUUGUCCUGUUGGAUACGGGAAACAACAGUUCGCGAACGUGCUCCAUAACUCCAUUCGUUUGGCACUCAAAGAAGCCGCGUCUGCUGAGCACCUCUCAGCGGAGACGAGAGACCCCGGACUGGCACCUGAGGAUGACCCCGUGGUUCACCUGGAAGGCAGGGAACUGUGGGGGCAGUUUCACAGGAGCGGCACGGAGAUGGUCAUAACUAAGUCUGGAAGGCGCAUGUUUCCAGCAUUCAAAGUGCGCUGCAGCGGCUUGGACAGGAAAGCGAGGUACAUCCUUCUGAUGGAUAUAGUCGCUGCUGAUGACUACAGGUACAAGUUUAACAACUCUCGGUGGAUGGUAGCUGGAAAGGCCGAUCCAGAAAUGCCUAAACGAAUGUACAUCCACCCCGACAGUCCUGCUACCGGAGAGCAAUGGAUGUCCAAAGCUGUGACCUUUCAUAAGCUCAAACUGACGAACAAUAUAUCUGACAAGCAUGGAUUUACCAUAUUAAACUCCAUGCACAAAUAUCAGCCGAGGUUUCAUAUCGUUCGAGCCAACGACGUCCUCAAACUUCCUUACAGCACAUUCAAAACCUACGUGUUUCCUGAAACAGAAUUUAUUGCUGUGACGGCAUACCAAAACGAAAAGAUAACUCAGCUGAAAAUCGAUAACAACCCAUUUGCGAAAGGAUUCAGAGAUACCGGAAAUGGGAGACGAGAGAAAAGGAAACAGAUGUUGCACCAGAGGUGUGAUGUGGCACCGAAAAAAGCCAAUGUGUUUACAGACGACUCUUUUGACCAAAGUUCAUCAAAUCGUUUAAUUCAAGAAACGAAUGUCGUUACAUCAACUUCAACAGAUAUGAAUGAGAGUGACACCGAUGAAUAUGGAGAUGAGAAGGAAAUCAAUGAAGAUGGAAAGCAUUCAUUUUCUCAAGAUGAGCAAAAUCCCACAGAAAUCUCAACAACGGUGCAAGAGUCCAAGGACGAUUCAAGAGACGAGACGCAAGGAGAAGGGAACAUAAGGGUCAGCAGCAAAGAAAAGCAUGGUGAAGAGGGUACUGAACAUUUAUCCUUGGAUAAAAAACAUGCUGAACAACACAAGUUUGCAGAUGAUGUGACUGAUGUUUCUCAGAACGGUUUGUUCACUCGGCACUAUUACAUCCCCACGCCAGGCCUAUUUAAUUCUCUGUGUGUGCCGCCACAUGUCUUGUCAAACUUAUGCCAGUUUAAUUAUGUUAGAACACUUCCGCUUUUGGCAUCUGAAACAACUGGUCCUUGGUUAUCUAGGAGGUCAAAUGAAGGGGAGGGUCAAGGUUACACCACUUCAGUCUCAUCCUCAGAACAAAGACUUAUUGGGAUGCCUGAUUUUCAGCAGCACAGAACAACAUCUCAGGGUGUGCUUACCUCAGCACAUGGAAGUGUCUCAUCUUAUCCACAGAGUUACAUGACAACAUCUGCUGCCACCUCUUCUGCUGUAUCAUACCAGGUUCAAGGCCCCCCUAUUUUCAAUGUUAGCUACCGAUCCCGAUACAGACCCUAUCCUGUGCCACUGUGGGUGCAUGGCCGAAAAGUGCCACAAACCUCAGUAUUUAUACCAUAUGGUGAAACUGAUACAAAUGAGCAUGCUGGUAUUACAAGUCCUGGAUCAACUGAGCAUAGAUUAAAACUGAAUGAGGAUCAAAACACACCGUGCCGGGAUCUCUAGAGAUGUCUGCGCAUGAACAACAAGAAGUUCAGCUAUAAUGAUAUGCAUUAUGGUAUGUCUCAAGUCUACGUAUCUACUGAAGAUCUGGAUUCAAAAUUAAUAUAUAGUAUUUAUUCUUUAGUCUUUAUCUGCUGUGUGAAUGUUAGAAUAAUGCGUAAAAUACAUGAAGUUGCAG